CCCAUGGAAAUUAUUUUGAUUUAUUUAAGCGAUACAUCCGGAUAUAAUUAUUUGCCAGCCAGAAACCAACGAUCGAUAGAAUCAAAUAUUAGGUUAGAUCUUCGUAAUAUGGACAUUGAUGAUAAAGAUCCUAAUGAACUUACCUCUAUCUUUCUGACUGCAGUCAUCGAUUCAUUAAAUGAAUUUGCGCCGUUUACGGAGAGAAAACUAUAUCGUCAAAAAAAACCGUGGCUGACGAAAGACCUCAAGCUGGAGUUACAUAAUCGUGAUACUAUUUAUAAGCAAGCUCGCAGAACGGGGAAUUUAAAUCUCUUAUCCUUAUAUAAAAAACUAAGAAGCGAAUUAAAAAUUAAGAUAUGUGAUGCACGUGAUAAUUAUUUUAAAAAUGUUUUAGAGGAAAGUGCUCAGGGCUCUGACAUUUGGUCCAAGCUGAAAAAGCUAGGAAUUAUUAAACCUAGGCAGUCUUCACCACUGGAUCACUUUGAUGCGAAUUUACUGAAUAAUUUCUACGCUAGUACUGUAACCAAAUACCCGUCAUGUGACAAAAAUUUCGUCUUUGAUCUACCCAAUCAUCAUACAAAACAAUUGUAUGAGGCUGCAGACAAACUUACUGUCGAUGCUCAAAGUGUGGCAGACUGGGCUCGUGAAAAUGAUCUACAAUUAAACUUCAAUAAAACUAAGGUCAUGAUCCUAGGCAGCAAAGGAAAACUGAAGUUACUUGAUGGUUUUGACCUACCACCAAUCAUUGUUGAUGGUAAUGUCAUAGCUUAUGUCGAUACCACUAAACAUCUAGGCAUCGAACUAUCGAAUAACCUCUCAUGGAAUGCUCAUACUUCGCAAAUCUCUAGGAAGGCCUAUGCUGCGUUAAACAGCUUGAAUACAAUAAGAUUCAUCUUUAAUCUUAAGCGGGAUGAGCAUAUCACGCCCUAUCGUCAAGAUUUAAGAUGGCUCAGUAUUUGGAUGCAUAGGAUUUAUAGUCUGGUAUGUUAUUUUUACAAGUUAUUGCAAACUGGAGAACCAAAAUAUCUGCGAAAACUGUUCUGUGAUGAAGAUGAAAGUGUUAGGCGUUCGGAUAGACUUGCUCAGAAUAAUAAUAAUAUUAUCUUCAGAAUUCCUAAUUUCCAUUCUGUUGUCUUUGAACGCUCAUUCAUAGUGUCAGCUAUACGCCUAUGGCAGGAACUUCCACUGGAUGUCAUAAGCUCUUUAUCAAUAGGGAGUUUUAAACUCAAAAUGCUAAAUUACCUUUUGGAUCUUAAAGCUGGUGGUAAAGACGAAUUAGUAGGAGUUGUAAAUCUUGUAAACAUUGUUAAGAGUAGAUUUGUAAAUUUAUAA